CCGCCGGCCGCUGUGGAGAGCAGACGUGCGCCGCUGGUGCUGCCGCUGGCUCGUGAACCGGACCGUCGCGCGAACGAGUCCUAGCUCGUCGAGCCACGCCGCCACGGCCGGUGGGUGACAGAACCGCAGAGCGUGUGUGUGUGUGUGCGAGUGCAACUCUUUCUGCGUUUCGACGACAGACAUGGAUUUCUAGUGACAUCGGCUGCUUCAUUCUCGCAGACGACAAAGUGACAGUGUGUGUGACUCUGAUGGGGCUCGCCGCCGCCGGUCGACUCUAGAGCUGGCUGUGAUGGCGGGCCGACUGGUCGCAGCGGUCGCAGCGGUGACCCUGGUCUGCGUGGUCGGCGGCCGCGGGCUAGGCGCCGGCCCCCCUCCGGGCCCCGCCGGCCCCCCGCCGGGAUCCCCGCACCAGGGGUCGCACGGGCCGCAGUUCACCCUGGAGCCGCCCGCCUCGCUCGAGUUCUCCAACAGCUCCGGGGUGACGGCGUCCUGCGCGGCCCGCGGCUCCCCGGACCCCGAGGUGCGCUGGAUCGAGGCCUCGGGGAAGGACGUGAUCUCGCUGCCACGCAUACGAGAGGUGCUGUCCAACGGAAGCCUCCACUUCCCGGCGUUCCCCGGCGAACUGUACUCAUCGGAGGCGCACGCGGCAGCCUACCGCUGCGCCGCCUCCAACGCGGCCGGCACCAUCCUCAGCAGGGAGAUGCGGGUCAGGGCGGACGUGGAGCAGGAGUUUCAGCUGCAGGUGCACAACGUCUUCGCGCUGCGGGGUAACGUGGCGGUGCUCAGGUGUUCGGUGCCGCCGGCGCUGCGCUCCCAGCUGCGGGUGAGCGGAUGGUACCGGGAGGACGGCCCUUUCGGCCGCGUGCAGAUCCACUCCGACAACAGGCACACCAUCACGUCGACGGGCACGCUGCACAUCCGCGACAUGUCGGCGUCCGACUCCAACGUGCGCUUCUACUGCCAGACCACACAGCGCGUCACCGGGGAGCGCAGGCUGUCGCUGCCGGGGCAGGUCGUCGUCACAGAUCCCGAGGGCAACUCGGCGCCCCGCAUCGAGCACGCCUUCGUCCUGAGCAGCGUGCGCGCGCGCGCCGGCAACCCCACGGACCUGGUGUGCGCCGCGCAGGGCUUCCCGCCGCCCGAGUACCGGUGGUACCGCGAACUGGCGGGUGGGUCCCGGGAGCUGACGCCCGGCCCCGGGGAGCCUCGGGUGCUCGAGUCGGUGCUGCAGUGGAUGCGGGUGUCGACCCUGGACGCGGGCCGCUACGUGUGCGUCGUGAGCAACCCGCUGGGCGAGGACCGGCGCGAGGUGGCGCUGGUGGUGGCGGCGCCGCUGGAGGCGCGCCUGCGCCCGCAGCACCAGGUCGUGGACGCGGGCUCGGUGGCGCAGUUCAACUGCUCCGUGUCGGGCGGCGCCGGCAUGGUGCACGUGACGUGGCUCAAGGACGGGCGGCCGCUGCAGCCGCUGCAGGUGCACGACCGCAUCCGGACGACGCAGCUGGGCCAGGUGCACGGGCUGGAGGUGCGCCACCUGGAGCGCGGCGACCGCGGCAUGUACCAGUGCGUGGCGCGCUCGGCGGACGAGAGCACGCAGGCCAGCGCGGAGCUCGAGCUGGGCGCCGUGGCACCGCGCCUGCUCUCCACGUUCAUCGAGCAGACGCUGCAGCCGGGCCCGCCGCUCUCGUUGCGCUGCGCGGCCAGCGGCUCGCCGCCGCCCAGGAUCACCUGGCUGCUGGACGGCGCGGAGGUGCGUCCCGGCGUCGCGCUCGGCGGCGGCCUCGGAGGCGCCGACCUGUACCAGCAGGCGCAGCACCAGGACCAGCGCGGCGACGUGGUGGGCUCGCUCAACAUGUCGUCGGUGCGGGUGCAGCACGGCGGCAUCUACACGUGCGUGGCCAGGAACAUGAUGGGCUCGGCGCAGCACACGGCCGCCCUCAACGUGUACGGGCCGCCCGUGAGCCGCGAGCCGCUCAACCUGACGGUCGUGUCCGGCUCGGACGUGUGGCUGCGCUGCCCGGUGGGAGGCUUCCCACUGUCGCGAGUCUCGUGGCAGAAGGGCAGCACGCUGCUCACGCCCUCCGCGUCGUCCGCGUCGUCCUCGUCGUCCUCGUCGUCAUCGGUAUCGUCAUCAUCAUCAUCGGCGACCUCCUCCGUCCUGGCGCACGUCUCCGUGUUCCCCAACGGCAGCCUGGUGCUGCGCGGCGUUGAGGCUGCGCGGGACGCGGGGCCCUACUCGUGCACCGCGUCGAACCAGCAAGGCCGCAGCGCCGAGGGUCGCCUGCUACUCCACGUCAUGCGGCCGCCGGAGAUCGCCCCCUUCCAGUUCCCGAGCACGCUGGUGGAGGGCAACCGCGCCCAGGUGUCGUGCUCGCUCAUCAGCGGCGACCUGCCCAUCAGCAUCUCGUGGCGCAAGGACGGCGGGCCGCUGCCGCGCGACCAGGCCGUCAACUCGCAGCAGAUGGAGUUCUUCAGCCACCUGACCUUCAGCGACCUGCGCGCCCGCCACACCGGCCGCUACACGUGCAUCGCCUCCAACGCGGCCGCCACCGCCAACUACAGCGCCGACCUGGUCGUUCGAGUCGCCCCGACGUGGAUGGUGGAGCCGUCCGACGAGUCCGCCGUGUUUUUGCAGCCAGCCGCCCUCCAUUGCCAGGUCCGCGGCUACCCGCCGCCGGUCACCAUGUGGCUCCGUGAGUCGGGGGACCCGCCGGGCGAGCCGCUGCUGGUCGAGUCGACAUCGGACAGCCAGCUGGCGCCCAACGGCUCGCUAGUGUUCCCGCAGGUGCAGCCGCACCUGCAGGGCCACUACACCUGCCGGGCGUCCAACGACAUCGGGCAGCCGCUGUCCAAGACGGUGUUCCUCCGGGUGAAUGUGCCGGCGCACUUCCCGCUCCGCCAGCAGAACGCGACGGCCGUGUCGGGCGGCUCGGUGACGCUGCGCUGCGAGGCGCUGGGCGACCUGCCGCUGCACGUGUCGUGGUCGCGGCCGGGGCUCUCGUCGUCCGGGCUGACGGGGCGCACGAGCGAGCGGAGGACGCCGUCCGGGGUGCCGGGCGUGGCCUCGGAGCUCCGGCUGACGGCGCUCACGCGGGAGCAGCAGGGCGCCUACCACUGCCACGCCAGCAACGACUUCGGCCAGGACGAGGCCGUCGUGCACUUCGCCGUUAAAGAGCCACCCGGACCACCCGGCCGGCCGCACAUCCUCGAGGUGGGCAGCCGCUGGCUGUCGGUGGCGUGGACGCCGCCGGCCGGCACCGAGGGCAGCGCCGAGCCGCUGGCGCACUACCUGCUCCAGUUCCUGGCGUCACCCGUCCUGCCGCAGCCCGGCCAGGAGGGCAACAGCGUGGACCGGGCGCUCGAGGCCGUGCUGGAGGCCGGCUGGCAGAACGUGACGGUGCCCGGGACGGCGCUGUCGGCCCGGCUCGUGCGCCUCGCCCCCGCCACCCAGCACCGCAUCCGGGUGCUCGCCGUCAACGACCUCGGCCCCGGGCCGGCCAGCCAGGAAGCGGCGGCGCUCACGCUGCAGGAAGCGCCCAGCGGUCCGCCCAUGGAGCUGCGGGUGGAGGCGGGUGCGCCGGAGUCCAUCUCGGUGCGCUGGCGGCCGCCGCCACCGUCCGUGGGCGCCGUGCUCGGCUACCAGGUGGGCUUCCGGGCCGCGGACGACGACGCGGAGCGCGGCCCGGACGACGGCUGGGAGUGGCGCGUGGUGCGGGCCGCGGCGCGGGGCGCCGGCGCUGUGCUGAGCCUCGACGCCCUGGAGACGACGCUGUCGCCGCUGCGCCACUUCACGCGCUACGAGGUGGUGGUGCGCGCCUUCAACCAGGUGGGCCACGGCCCGGCCACGCCACCCAUGUACGCCACGACGCAGGAGGGCGUGCCGUCCGAGUCGCCGCAGACCGUGCGCUGCGAGGCGCUGUCGCCGCAGGCGCUGCGCGUCCGCUGGGAGGCGCCGGCGCCCGCCCGCCAGCACGGCCUGCUCCAGGGCUACAAGGUCUUCUACCAGCUGCAGGCGGGCCCCGGCGCGCCGCAGGGCUCCGAGGAGGUGGAGGUGAAGCGAACCACCAACCUGGAGACCAACCUCCACGGCCUGGCCAAGUUCGCCAACUACUCGGUGCGGGUGGCCGCCUUCACGGGCGCCGGUGAGGGCGUGCGCUCCACGGCCUUGUACUGCCUCACGGAGGAGGAUAUCCCAGGCCCCGUAGAGCACAUCAAAGCCCUGGUCAUGACGUCCGACAGUGUGCUGGUGGCUUGGUCCAGGCCCCUGCAGCCCAACGGAGCGGUGAGCAAGUACACGGUGUACCGCGCUCAGCAGCCUGCCCGUCUGGAUUUUCACAAGGAGACGGUGCCGGGCGACAGGGAACCCCUCUUCGAAGCGCGCCGCCUGAAUGAGAACCAGACGUACGAGUUCUGGGUGACGGCCUCCACCGCCGUCGGCGAGGGCCCGCCCAGCGUCAAGGUCAAGCAGCGGCCGGUGUCUCGAGUGCCGGCGCGCAUCGCCUCCUUCCCGCGGAUCGUCCUGGCGUCGGCGGGCUCCCCGGUGGUGCUGCCGUGCCACGCGGUGGGCAGCCCGGCGCCCGCGCGCGACUGGCGGGGCCCGGACGAGGCACGCGUGUCGGCGGGCCGCCACCGGCACCUCGCCGACGGCGCGCUCGAGCUGGGCGGCGUCACGCCCGACGACGCCGGCAACUACUCGUGCCGCGUGGAGAACGUGUUUGGCGCCGACCGCGUCGACUACACCGUGGUGGUGGUGCUGCCGCCGUCCGCGCCGCACCUGGCCCUCAGCGGCGCCGGCCACGGCGCUCUGCACCUCGCGUGGAAGGCGCCCGACAACGGGGGCUCGCCCGUCACAGGCUACGUCAUGUCGUUCCGACGCGAGCGCGGCGAGUGGCAGGAGGUGUCGACGGACGCGGACCGGCGCGCGCUCACGCUGUCGGGGCUCAAGUGCGGCAGCGCGUACCAGGUGCGCUUGUCGGCGACCAACGCGGUGGGCCGCGGGCCGCCGAGCCACACGGUGAGCUGCAAGACGCAGGGCGGGCCGCCCCAGCCCGCGCGCCAGGACGCCGUGCUCGCCGUCAACGCCACGGCCGUGACGCUGUUCCCGGACGCGUGGCCGGCGGCCGGCUGCCCGUUGACGUACCUCGUCGUGGAGCUCAAGUCGGCCCCGGCCGAGCCCGGCGCCGCGCCCUGGACCGUGGGCGCGUGGAGCGACUGGCGCCUGGUGACGAACGCGGCGCGCGCCCAGGAGGACCUCACGCUGCCCGACCUGUCGCCCGCCUCCUGGUACGCGCUGCGCGUCACGGCGCACAACGACGCCGGCUCGCACACACAGGAGUUCGUGGUGGCCACCAGCGGCGAGGACGGCGCGCUGCCGCCGCCGCGCUCCGCGCCCGAGCUGUUGUCGCCCGGCGACCAGCCGCCCCUGCUCACGAGGAUGCACGUGCUGGUCCCCACUGUGGCCGCGGCCGUGUGCGUGUCUGCGGUGGGCGUCUGCGUCUGCACGCUGGCCCGGAGGAGGAAGGACUCGACGGCGGGCGUGGCGGGUGGCUUCAUCGGCACCAAGACCAGGGUGGAGGUGGAGAACCGUCGCAACCUGGACCACCACCACCACCAGCAGCAGCGCCACCACCACCUUCAGCCGCACCCGCAGCUGUACUCGCCGGCCACCGCCAGGAAGGGUGACUCCAGCCUUAGCGGCCAGAAGGGCAGCGACACUUCGGCAGCCGACUACGACAUCUGCCCUUACGCGACCUUCUCGCUGGCCAACACGCAACCGUCGGGGCCCGUCCCGGUGCCGGGCCUCGGCAGCCGCACCCCUGCGCCCGCGCCCGACUACUCGCUGCACUUCCAGACCUUCACGCAGCGCGACUGCUACGAGGCGGGGCCGCGGCGCUCGCUCAGCCGGCCCGCCAUCGCCGCCCCGGAGAGCUUCUACGCCAGCGGCGGCAUCAAGCGAGGCAAGCGGCUGGUGGACAGCCCCCCUGACGGACUGAACCUCGAAAUAUCGUGCAUCUCGAGCCAGCAGACUCUCCCCAUGACUGCGACCAACCACCGCAAUCAGCAGCAGCAACAGCAGCAGCAGGGGGGCAAACAUGAGAGGGCCAGUCGUUCGGGGAGCCGGCCGCGCAGCCUGGCGCUCACCAACCGGUCCGACUCGGACAGCUCUGGAGUCGGGUGCGGCGGCAGCCCGCGGAGGGCUUCUCCUCACAAGCUCCCCCUGCGCAUGUCCACGCCUGGCCAGCGGGCGGCAGAGCGACGGGCGUUCGAGCAGGACUCGAGCACCGAGUCCGCGGAGGCGUCCCCCGAGCCCUCCCGGCGCUCCCGCCGGGGUAACGGCGCCGCGGGCAACGGCGGCCAUCGGAGAGGGAUGCCAGCCAGGUUGCACAAAUCGCUGAAGGGUGGCGCUGGGAGUGGCGGCAGCGCCGGGAGCGGGGGCAGUGCGGGCAGCACGGUGCCGCUGGACCCGCCGGCCGCGUUCUCGGACGGCGUGGAGCUGUCGGACGCCGAGUGCGACCGCCGGGACCAGGAGGAGCGCGAGCGGGCGCGGCAGCUGGCGGCGCUAGUGCGCAAGUACCGGCAGAAGCGUGAGCUGAAGCAAGACUUUACUAUCCACGUCUGACCCUGGUGGACCGUGGAUCUGUCCACGUCCUCCCUACGCCGCCUGCUAUCCUUUCAGUGACGGAAAUGCUCUGCUUGUUGCUCAACUUGUACACUGUAAUGGAGGUUUCAAAGAGACUGCGCUGUAGUUGUACUUUGUCUGUGAUACGCUCAGCCACUGUACGGAAUGUGGCCGUGCAAGAAAAAGGGUUGCGUUGUUGGUGUACCCAAAGGAAACUGUUCUGUGAUGAAGUAGAGACUUUUUUAUUUUUCUAUAAUAUGAUAACUGUUUCUACGUAAAGUGGGGUGUUAUUGUGACAUGGAUAAUUUUAAUUGUUGUUGAAAAAGUGCGUGACGUUUUUUUAUUGUCUAUAUAAGUGUUGUUUAUAUGCCAGUUCUUUUUGUGUAAUAUUCAGCUACCAUGGGCGACACAAUAUAGCUUAUAAUUGUUUUGGAGUAUCAUGCUCCUUCAUGAGGGUCUGAACUAUAUUCCAAGAGACACGAAAUAAUUAAUUGUAGCUUUGGUGACGGUAGACCCAUCACUUGCUAUUCAAAUUCGUUAAUUGGCCUGAAAUUGUCAACAUUUUUCACCUGUCCACCCGUCCUGCAUUUGUGCCUUUUUUACAAAUAAAGACAAAAACUUAAACCCUA